AGAGGCAGGAAACUGGAGAGAGAGGAAACUGCCCUAAGGAGAAAGAAGAGGAGGAAAGAGGCGAAAGAGGAGGAGAGACUUGGAAGGAGAAAGAAGUAGAGGAGAGAGGAGAGAGAGGCAGAAGGAGAGGAGGGAAAGGAGAGUUAGAGGUACAUGAAGGAAGCGAGAAAGCAGGAGGUACAAGGUGGAGAGAGGACCUCAGAAGGAGAGAGAACCAAGAGUAGGAAUGUGGAAGGGAAACAGCGCAGGGUGUAACCAGGGAGCAGCCAUGGAAGGAACCGGUGGAGAACUGGGGGGACAAGGAAACUGGGGUCUCGAAGAUGCCCCAGGCCUCUUGGCCAGGGCCUCCCUGCCCAUCAUGCCUGCAUGGCCAUUGCCUCUGGCCUCAUCUGCCCUUACCCUGCUCCUUGGAGCUCUCACUUCCCUCUUCCUCUGGUACUGCUACCGCCUGGGCUCCCAAGAUAUGCAGGCCCUAGGGGCUGGGAGUCGGGCUGGGGCUGUCAGUGGUAGGCCUGGAGGGUGCUCUGAGGCUGGCAGACCAAGCCCACGGAGCUCUGGGGAGUCUGUGGAAGGACCUAGGACAGAAGGCCUAGUGAGCCGUCGCCUUCGGGCCUACGCCAGGCGCUACUCUUGGGCAGGGAUGGGUAGGGUGAGGCGGGCGGCUCAGGGUGGCCCAGGCCCUCGGGGAGGGCCAGGGGUCCUGGGCAUUCAGCGCCCAGGCCUGCUUUUCCUGCCAGACCUGCCCUCAGCCCCGUUCGUGCCACGGGACGCCCAGCGGCAUGAUGUGGAGCUCCUGGAGAGCAGCUUCCCUGCCAUUUUGAGGGACUUUGGGGCUGUGAGCUGGGACUUCUCAAGGACUACCCCUCUGCCUCGGGGCUGGUCCCCACCACUGGCCCCUGGGUGCUACCAGCUCCUGCUAUACCAAGCAGGCCGGUGCCAACCCAGCAACUGCCGCCGGUGCCCGGGGGCCUAUCGGGCACUGAGGGGGCUGCGAAGCUUUAUGAGUGCCAACACCUUCGGCAAUGCUGGCUUUUCCGUCCUCCUGCCCGGGGCCCGGCUCGAGGGCCGCUGUGGGCCCACCAAUGCCCGAGUCAGAUGCCACCUGGUCAUCUCCUGUGCUACCAGUUGAAUGUGUUCUACACUUCAAAGCACGCUGGCUUUGAAGAGAUCUGGAGCAAGGCCAGAUCUUUUCUCCUUAUCUCCUACCUGUUCCCUUCUUCCCCUUCCCUCCCACCAUGCCCUAAAUCAUGAAUGCCUUCUGGCUGAUCCUGGCAGAUGCCACACACAUGCUCUUAACCUCUUAACCUAGAAUGUCUUUCCCCCUUAUCACCUCCCGGAAAACUCCUACUUAGCCUUCACGACUCACACUUUCAAAUGCCACACCUCCUCUGGAAUGUCUUCCCCUUCCCCAUCAUUUAAGCUGGCUCCUCAGUUUUCUGCACCCCAGUGUGUGGUCCUUGGCAGGAUGGAGCCAUGUUUUAUGCCUUUUGGGGAGAGAGGGCCUAACACACAGUAGGUUCUUGAGUUAAACUGUCAGAAGCCCAAGAGGAGAUGCUGCUUCCUUUAGGAAGCUUUCCCUCUUCUCUGAAACAGAACAGAUUGUGCUUUGCACUGCAUUUUCUGUACCCUAGCAUUUCUUUCAUCCAGUACUGUAUUGUAAUUUUACGUGGGUCACCUUCCAGAGAACGAGGAGGGACCACCAUAGAACCUGGCAUUUAAGACUCUCAGAUCUGCUUUUUGACUGAAUGGAGUGGGCCCCUUCGAUGGAGGCAGGAAUGUUGGAGGGAGGCCCGGAUCUCUUUCUACAGGUCUGAAGAUCCCCCCUGGCUGUGAG